UAAUCUCAACGGAGUAGUAUAAAUACUGACCUCGUAUUCAGUUAGGCAUUGACGACUGAGUUCGACCUUCAUCAUCAAAAGAGUAGCAGUGUGGAAGAAUUCUGCAGAAAAGAAAGACAAUGAAGCUUUUAAUCCUUGCACUCUGCUUCUGUUUAGCAGUAGCUGAGAAUUCCAAACUCAUAGACGAACUUGAAAAACUCCUUUCAUCCGACUCUGCAUCCGACUCUCAAGCCCCAGACAUCGGCAUUCUUGAAAAAGUUGACGAGCUGGAUGCUCUGAUGCAGGAUACAAAGGAAUCUGAACCGAUGGCUUCAGAGAAAAAACCUGCUGCAAAGUAUGGAUACUGUUUGGAUGGAAGCACCUUUGCUGAUGGUCCAGAUAUGAGAGGAUGCGCAAGAAAACUGUGCUACGACGAGAGGCCCGGAGAAUGCAUCAGAGACUUUAAAAAUAAGAACGAAAAAGAAAAGAAAAUUGCCUGUUACAAAGACUAUAGUCAUUACAGGGAACGUUGUCCUUUCACCUGUGGCUUCUGCAAACAACGUAGUCCAGGUCUGGAGUGCAGAAGAAAAUACGGAGCUGGUGCCAAAUAUGGAUGUUGUUGGGAUGGACUGCCCGCUUUCAAACCCGACAAAAGUGACUGUAUGGUUUGUAGAGACAUCAACCCUCAUACGUGUAGACAGUUUUACAAUGACAUGAAAGGCGAAGCAUGUGGCACCAACUCCUACCGUAUUCGACAGUUCUUAUUCUCGAGAUGCCCACGACUAUGUGGUAGAUGCCAAUAAAMCGUUGAUUGACCAUCCUCUGAUUGCACCAAACGUUAUAUAAAACAGAAUCUUU